CAUUCUCCACGGCCCUGCGCUCCCUCAUUUCCUUUCCCUAGUAAGAAAAUCUUCAGAUCCAGCUGAGGAAACCAGGUAGAGGCAACAGGAUAUCUGCUUGACGAGUCCAGGAGUGAGGAGGAGAAAAGGAAGAAAGGAAAGCCAUGGACAAGUAUCGUCUUUUGUUGGGCCACCUCACGAAACACCACAAAACCUUGGGCAUGAGCUUCUUGAGCUUGCUGACAGCUGGCGGGGAGAGUCUCUUCUCCAAUGUAGUGUUCCAAUGCCCCUGCAACGCUAACUGGAGCCUGCCCUAUUCCCUCUUCUUCCUCCUGGUUCCCGCCCUAAUCCUCUUACUUCUGGGCUACCUGCUGAGCACUAAGGCAGCUCGGUUGAUGACUGGCUGCUGUGCUAGAGACCAGGGGGACACUUCUGAGGAGAUACCUGACAAGCCUGGUUACAGCAGGAUGAAGAUGUGCUGUUGGAGGGUGACGUGCAGUCGAAUCACUUUGACUGCUGCCCUGGCACCAUUCACCUGGAUUGCAGUGGCGCUGCUUGGGGGUAGUUACUAUGAGUGUGCGGCCAGUGGAAAUGAGUGGAUGCAAAAGUACUUAUGUCAGGGGCAGAAACCCAACUGUACUAAGGAAGUGCUACAGAUGCCUUGCCAGAAGACAAAUUCCAAGGAGAUCCAAGGACUCUUGAAUAUGCUCAGGGCUCAAUCCCAGAUGUUAGGUUGGUUGAUAACUCUUCUCAUGGUUUGCUGUGCGACUGCCAAGUUCUGUACCUUUUGCAAAUCACAAGUUAGUUUUCUUCAGUUAAAGUUCCUGAAAAUCUAUAAGAAACAGGAAAAGGAGAUAUUAACUACUGAAUCAAAGAAGUAUGCUACUGAAUUGGCAGAAAGAAAUGUCAAGUGCUUCUUUGAAAAUGUCCGCUUAGACAGUGUGAGAAUUCCAGGCUCUGAUGAGUGGAAGGAGAUUUCAGAAGUGAUUGAGCCCACUGAUACAGCUUAUAGUGCACUGCACGAAUAUGCUAACAACAGGCCAGUAAGAAAUUAUGCUCAUCAAAAUCCUGCUUCUGAUUGAAAUUAAGGAGUCCAAGGAAUCGUCCACAAUACUACACCAAGGAUAUGUCAUCAACGAUCCUGAGAACAUGGAUUUAAAGUUGGAAUGGACCACAUCUCACAAAUGAGGCAACCAAGGCCCAGGGAUUUGGAUUUCUAUCUUUUACAUAAAUAUUAAUUUUGCUAAUAAGCUGGAGCCAAAUUGUAUCACUUUUUUUGGUAUUCAUGCUAUUUUUUUAUUUCAUAGAACCACAGAAUGUUUCAGCUAGAAGAGACUCCAAGGAAAUGGCAAGCUACUCCAGUGUCUUUGCCAAGAAAUUCCCAGAUGGGGUCACAGAGUCAUUUAGUUGUUUGCAUGUUGUCUCCUCUUGCUGGGCCUCCCUUCCCACAAUAGACUGUGAGCUAUUUUCAAAUGGGAACUGUUGGGUUUGGGGGUUUGCUUUUGUUUGUUUUUGGUUUUUGCCUUUCUUUGUAACCUCAGCACCUAGCAUAGGUCUUGGGACGUAGUAGAUGCUUAAUAAAUGCUAGCUGAUUGACUGACUACAUGAGUGAUUUACAAUCCAGGAUUUAGGAAAGGUACAACACAAAGAAAGUGAAAGUGAACUCAGGGACCUACAGUUCAUAAUAGAAAUUUCUUGCAAAAUUUAGAUGCUUAGAAUAUAGUCUGUCACAUGUAAAGAAAAUAGGACAGAUUAAAUAAUAAGUAAUAAGGAAAAUAAUAACAAAAUCUAACAUUUAUAUUGUACUUUAAGGAUUAUAAAAUGUCUUAUCACUUUUUUAUCUUCACAAUUCUGGAAUAUAGGUGCUAUUACUACCAUCCAAAUUUUGCAGAUGGGGAAACUGAGGCAGACAG